AACAAUUUUGUCACCUAUUGUCACUUAUGACUGUUAUAAUUUUGUAAACAUUUUGUUUGUAUUAAUUUUAAAAAUAAAAUUGUAUAAUGUCACAGCCGAAAGCUGCGAAACCGCUUGUAUUGAAUGAGUUGUUAAUAAAAAAUGUAAACACGUGGGGAAAUGUUCAAUACAAUAUCCCAUUGCGACUGUCUAGCAAUGAAACGAGGACUGCGGCGAGUAUUGCUCAUAGGCAUAUUCCAGCAAUACCACAUAGCUUGGAUUGUAAAAUAGAUGAUCCAUUACCAGAAAGAGUUACGGGACGCGAUAUGGUGGUCGAAAAGGAGUCGUAUAAAACAACAACAGGGGAAUACUGCGUUAAACCAAACCCCAAUAAGGCCAUGGAGAGAGCAGAUUGUGCCAUCAACUGUCGAAGAGUUAUAUUCAUGACCGGUGUUGAGAAAAGGAUACAAAGCAAAAGCAUUGUACAACCAAUAAUGAUAUCGGAAAUGAAAGACAACUUUAGAGGAUUAACAAAAACACCAACAGCGCCACCCGAGGCUUCUGUCAAAGCACCAGAUCCGGAAUAUAUUUUUGAUGUAGUAGCAUCUGGAAGAAAUGAAGCUCCAGUAAUACCAGACAAUGCUGGUGGCUUCAGAAGACUUUUGGAUCCGUAUGUCUCAACUUAUAGAGCGUAUCAUAAGCCCUUCUCAGUGGAGGACCAGUACGGGAUCGGCGCUAAAGACCAGAUCACAUUUUAUUCAGAGUUCAAUGUACCUAAGAUACAUACGCAAGGAGGUCCUAUACAUAUCGGACAACAUGGGUCAGUGCAUCCGUUGCAGCCUCCACACUAUAAACAGAUUGAAGGUAUAUCAAUAAGUGUAGGCGGUCGUCAAAAUGUGGAUGAAGAUCCUGGAAGCGCAGCAUGUCCACCGAAUACCACGUGUGUUCCGAUGAGCGCUUGUCCAUUGUUAGAAGAUUUACUUGAUUACUCGUGUUUUUCAUCAGACAAGUACUUCCACCGCCUCAACGAGUUGACAUGCGGUAGUUCGAACGAAGAGGACUUCGUGUGCUGUCCUUCCUGCGACUGUGGCAAGGUGUACCAGCGAGGGAAACCAGAGUGUGGGCAGAGCAUGGUCAGAGGGGUGGACUAUAACGGUAUGGGAACACAUCCGUGGGUCGCGAGAGUCGGGUUUACUAAAACAUCAUUCGGGAGUUCGGACAAAGAUAAAGAGGCAUUGCGGUUUGCUUGUAGCGGCUCCAUCAUAGCAAAGAGAAUUGUUUUGACAGCUGCUCAUUGCGCGCUGGCAAAACCUGAAGGAUACAAAUUGUCAUCAGUAGUAGUAGGCGAAUGGGACACUGAAAGAAGUACAGAUUGCAAUGACUAUUUUUGCGCUCCCAAAGCUCAAAUGAUAAAAGUGGAGAGCGUCUCAGUUCACCCGGGUUAUGAGCAGAAGAUAUUCCGACAUGAUAUAGCCCUUGUUAUAUUGAAGGAUGAAAUUAAAUAUUCAGUGACAGCCGCGCCGAUCUGUCUGAACGAUAAGCCGGAAAUUGUGAUCAACGAGCGGGCCAUGCUUGUCGGAUGGGGGAAAUUAUCUGGACAGACCAGUUCGGUAAGCCGUCAACAACUACUAGAAGUGCCUCUAGUACCUCUAGAAACAUGUGAGCGUAUCUUCGGCGACUCUGUGCCGAUACAUGAGGGGCAACUAUGUGCGGGAGGAGAAGAGGGAAGAGACGCGUGUUCGGGAUUUGGAGGAGCACCGUUGAUAUUGAAACGGGAUGGACAUUUUGUACAAAUUGGAAUAGUCUCUUUUGGUUCAGAAAACUGCGGCAGCGAAGGCGUCCCGAGCGUUUACACAAACAUUGCACAUUACUAUAAAUGGAUCAUAGAUAAUUCACCUUCUUAAAAUACGCAUGGUGCUUAUAAAUGGGAAAUAUUUUCAUUGUUUUAAAAUAUUUUAAGUAGUGAUGUAAAAAAAAAAAUUCAAUCAGUUAGAUUAAAAUCAAUUUUUUUGGAGACACAUACACACCCUUAAUAAAUUGUGUAUUUAAAAGUAAAUGUCCCAUUUAGAUGCACCUUCAUGUUCUAACAAUAACGUAAAGUAGGUAGUUAUAAGUGCAUAAUAUAUUAAGCAAUAUUUAAGGGCCAUAAUAAAAAGUGAUAAAUUAUU